AUGUCCGACAGAGAAGGACAUUCUGGAGGUGGAGCACCCACUGAUGACGAUCUGUCUCUUCCAAAGGCUACUGUAGCCAAGAUGAUAGCUGAAUUCAUUCAUCUGAUAUCAUCAGAGGCGAACGAGAUAUGUGAACAGGAGAAUAAGAAAACAAUAGCGCCUGAGCAUAUCAUUACUGCUUUGACGCGUCUCGGAUUCACGACUUUUGCACCAGAAGUUGAAAGCGUGCUGAAAGAUCACAAGCAGCAGCAAAAGGACCGAGAGAAAAAGGUCUCCAAAUUCGAAAAGUCUGGAAUGACGGAAGAGGAGCUGGCUGCUGCCCAAGAAGAGUUGUUUGCACAGAGUAGGGCAAGGUAUAAUAAUGGGCAGCAGUAA